GCCCGUCGGCAGCAGUGAAAUGUGACCGGACCAGGUAGCAACAUGUACGGGCCUCAGCUCAGUGAUCUCCCGGACGACUCGGAGCAGCUGGAUCCGCAUGUGAGCGGCCUGAGGCAGAGAGCCCUGCAGAGCAGCGAGCUGUCAGCCGUCAGGAGCUUCUCCCGCGGCUUCCUCCUCAAGUUCCUGCGGGCCAGAGACUUCGACGUGGAGCGCUGUCUGAAGCUGUUACUGAACUAUCAGCGUUGGCGGAGGGAGAGUCCUGAGAUCAGCGGCUGUCUGUCUCCCUCCUCUGUCCUGGGCCUCCUCAGCACAUCAUAUCAUGCCGUUCUUCCACAGCGGGACCAUGCAGGCAGCAGGGUGCUCGUCUACAGGAUCGGGCAGUGGAACCCCAAAGACUGGUCGGCCUUCCAGGUGUUCCAGGUCAGCCUGAUGACAUCAGAGAUCAUCUGCAUGGAGACACAGACGCAGAGGCGAGGUCUAAAGGUUAUAUUUGACCUACAGGGGUGGUGUUUAGGCCAUGCCAUGCAGAUUAACCCUUCCAUCGCCAAAAAGAUAUCCUCUGUCCUUUCGGAAUCGUUUCCAUUGAAAGUCAGAGGAAUUCAUCUGGUCAAUGAGCCAAUGUUCUUUUGGACAGUCUUUGCCAUUAUUCGUCCCUUCCUGCCAGAUAAGAUCAAACAAAGGAUCCAUAUGCAUGGUGCCAAUUUCCAAGACAGUUUAAGUGACUUCUUCUCACCGGCCGUCCUACCUCCAGAAUACGGAGGGGAGGGGCCUGAAAUAGAGGAGGUGUGUCGAGACUGGACCAAUCAUCUGCUUCAAUCAGAGGAGCUCCUGCAGCAGAUUGCCGCCCAUCCAACGGCUGAUAUCGCCAUAAAUCAAGAAGACUUGAAUGAACAAUUCUCAGAGGGAUGACCUUUGGAGUAAUGUUCUCUCGACCAUGGUUGUUGGAAGACCACUGGAAGACAUUUUUGAGGUGCUUAAGUCUCAAGUACAAACUGCGUUAUUUGUUUGCUGUGUUUAGAGAGCUGGAAAGAUGUCCAUCAGAUGGAGUUGACAUACUUCGCAGUCUACAAGGGCCAAACUGAAAAGGGAUGGACAUCGUCAUAGAUUGUAUCCUCUGAAGGAUGCAGCCCCUGAAUUGGGAUAUAGUUUGGUCUUUUAUCUUGUCAUCAAAACGUUCCACCAUACUGCACCCACUGUUAUUGUACAUAGUCUAUGUUGGACAUGCAUAGCAAUAAUUUCUAAACACAUGCGUAGCCAAUGCUCCAAACAGUCACAGGAUGUGUGAGGCAGCCAUCCUACGCAAAUGUAGUAAAAAGAUGCUUCUCCAGCCGUACAUGAGUAUUGCUAGAUGUUACUGUGUGGAUGUACUAUUUAACAAUUCAAACAUUACUUAUUUUUUCAAGUUAGUUUAAGUCAUGAUAUGAAAUUCUGGCCAUUUUAUGAAACAAUUCUUUAAUUGAAGAAUGUCAUCAGUAAUAUAUUCAUCAGGAGUGUGUGAUGGUAGGUAUCCGGAUUCAUUGUACACAAUUAUGAGCAGUAUUAAUGAGAAAGGUAUUUAAAAUCCGUAUUUGAAAUACAAAAUAGUAUUUUGUAAUUUGUAUGUGAUUGGUUUGAGGAAAAUUGAAUCAUAUACUGUGUCUAAAUACUGUUUUGCAUUUUUGUAGUUUAAAAUACUUUCUGUGAGACGUGUACGUGAUGACGUCAUAAAAAUGAAAACCAAAGCAUGCAGUCCAAUUGGUGUCUUCUCAGGUAUAUGGCUUCUUGAGAUCAGAAAAAAAUUGAAGAAGACGCAUAAGGAGUGAAAUGUGUUGGUUGAUAUCUCUCCAUCGAUUGUUAGCAGAAAUUGCUAUGAUUCUUAACAGUUCCUCUGUUUUGGUGUUUGCUUCAUUGUCUAAAUCAAAUUUGCGCAGUGGUCUAGCAAACAAUUAAACCCAAGUUACUG